GGGGGUAGCCGCCCGCGCCCCGCACCGCGGACCCGGCAUGAACUGAGGAUGGCGAGCGCCUUCGGCCCACGGUGGCCCCGGCGAGCGGCUCCGGGUGGUGGCAGCGGCGGCGGCGGGGGGCUCCUCUUCGUGCUGCUGUGCGCCUCGGCGGGUCUGCCCCUCAGUGGGCAGCAAGUGCUGCGGAUCGGAGGGAUCUUUGAAACUGUGGAAAAUGAGCCUGUUAAUAUUGAAGAAUUGGCUUUCAAGUUUGCAGUCACCAACAUUAAUAGAAACAGAACACUGAUGCCUAAUACAACAUUAACCUAUGACAUCCAGAGAAUUAACCUUUUUGAUAGUUUUGAAGCCUCGAGAAGAGCAUGUGAUCAGCUUGCUCUUGGUGUAGCUGCUCUGUUUGGACCAUCCCACAGCUCCUCGGUCAGCGCUGUGCAGUCCAUUUGCAAUGCACUUGAAGUCCCACAUAUUCAGACCCGAUGGAAACACCCUACGGUUGAUCACAAGGAUGCAUUUUAUAUCAACCUCUACCCAGACUAUGCAGCCAUCAGCAGAGCAGUUUUGGAUCUUGUACUAUACUACAACUGGAAAAUAGUGACAGUAGUCUAUGAAGACAGCACAGGUCUAAUUCGUCUGCAAGAGCUCAUCAAAGCCCCUUCUAGAUACAACAUUAAAAUCAAAAUCCGCCAAUUGCCGUCUGGGAAUAAAGAUGCCCGGCCUUUACUCAAGGAGAUGAAGAAAGGCAAGGAGUUCUACGUAAUAUUUGAUUGCUCACAUGAAACUGCAGCAGAAAUCCUUAAGCAGAUUCUCUCCAUGGGAAUGAUGACUGAAUACUAUCACUACUUUUUUACAACACUGGAUCUGUUUGCAUUGGAUCUGGAACCUUACAGAUACAGCGGAGUCAAUAUGACAGGCUUUCGCCUACUCAACAUCGAGAAUCCUCAGGUCUCAUCAGUCGUUGAGAAAUGGUCAAUGGAGCGUCUGCAGGCACCACCAAAACCAGAGACUGGCCUCCUUGAUGGCAUGAUGACAACUGAGGCAGCUCUGAUGUACGACGCAGUUUACAUGGUAGCAGUGGCCUCCCAGCGUGCCUCUCAAAUGACUGUCAGCUCCCUGCAGUGUCAUAGACACAAGCCAUGGCGUUUUGGACCCAGAUUUAUGAAUCUGAUAAAAGAGGCACGAUGGGAUGGCUUGACAGGGCGCAUAACCUUCAACAAAACCGAUGGCUUACGGAAGGAUUUUGACUUGGACAUCAUUAGUCUCAAGGAAGAAGGAACAGAAAAGGCUGCUGGCGAGGUUUCUAAUCAUUUAUAUAAAGUGUGGAAGAAGAUCGGUGUGUGGAACUCCUACAGUGGCCUUAACAUGACGGACAGCAACAAGGACAGAUCAACCAACAUCACAGACUCAUUGGCUAACCGGACAUUGAUUGUCACGACCAUUUUGGAAGAUCCCUAUGUUAUGUACAAGAAGUCUGACAAGCCUUUGUAUGGAAAUGACAGAUUCGAGGGUUACUGUCUGGAUUUGCUAAAGGAGCUGUCAAAUAUUUUGGGCUUCAUCUAUGAGGUCAAACUAGUUUCUGAUGGUAAAUAUGGAGCCCAGAAUGACAAAGGAGAGUGGAAUGGGAUGGUCAAAGAACUCAUAGAUCAUAAAGCUGAUCUGGCAGUUGCUCCUCUCACUAUUACUUAUGUAAGAGAGAAGGUAAUUGAUUUUUCCAAGCCCUUCAUGACGCUGGGAAUCAGUAUCUUGUACCGGAAGCCCAAUGGCACAAACCCUGGUGUUUUCUCUUUUUUAAACCCUCUUUCUCCUGAUAUUUGGAUGUAUGUUCUCCUAGCCUGCCUCGGAGUCAGUUGUGUCCUCUUUGUCAUUGCAAGGUUUACACCCUAUGAAUGGUAUAACCCCCACCCGUGCAACCCAGACUCAGAUGUGGUGGAAAACAAUUUUACUUUACUAAAUAGUUUCUGGUUUGGAGUUGGAGCUCUCAUGCAGCAAGGAUCAGAACUGAUGCCCAAAGCUCUUUCCACCAGAAUAGUUGGAGGAAUAUGGUGGUUUUUCACCUUAAUCAUAAUCUCAUCUUAUACUGCCAACCUGGCUGCAUUCCUGACGGUAGAAAGGAUGGAAUCCCCCAUCGAUUCAGCUGACGAUUUGGCAAAGCAAACCAAAAUAGAGUAUGGGGCUGUUAGAGACGGAUCCACAAUGACCUUCUUCAAGAAAUCCAAAAUAUCGACAUAUGAGAAGAUGUGGGCAUUCAUGAGCAGCAGGCAGCAGACAGCGCUGGUGAAGAACAAUGAUGAAGGAAUCCAGCGUGUGCUCACGACGGACUAUGCGCUGCUGAUGGAGUCCACCAGCAUUGAGUAUGUGACUCAGAGAAACUGCAACCUCACUCAGAUCGGGGGACUCAUCGAUUCGAAAGGCUAUGGUGUGGGAACCCCUAUUGGGUCACCUUAUAGGGACAAGAUCACCAUUGCCAUCCUCCAGCUCCAGGAGGAGGGGAAGCUUCACAUGAUGAAGGAAAAGUGGUGGCGAGGCAACGGCUGCCCUGAAGAGGACAGCAAAGAAGCCAGUGCUCUCGGGGUAGAGAAUAUUGGGGGCAUCUUCAUAGUGCUUGCUGCUGGGCUUGUUCUUUCAGUGUUCGUAGCCAUUGGUGAAUUUAUUUAUAAAUCAAGGAAAAACAGUGAUAUUGAGCAGUGUCUUUCUUUCAAUGCUAUAAUGGAGGAGCUUGGCAUUUCACUCAAGCAUCAGAAGAAGUUAAAGAAAAGGUCAAGAACUAAGGCAAAGUCUUCAUUCACAAGUAUCCUUACUUGCCACCAGAGAAGGACACUGAGGAAAGAAACCAUAGCAUGAGCAGGAGAGGCUCCUGGAAAGAAAUAUCAGGAAGAAAAACAACAAAAACUUUGCUGCCUACAAGUUGAUUGUGGUGGGAUUUCUGAAAUACAGACAUUUACCUUGUUCUUCAGAAAUUCUCUGUGGUUUCUUUUUUUAAUCUAGAGGUACAACAGUUUAAAUGCUCACAUAGACUGAUGUACUGCUACUAAUCAUCUGGGAAGUGUCUCAUUACUUCUUUUGAGAUGGAUUUGUAUGCUCACCUGGUUUGCAUCUCUCUUCCCCUCCCCGUGCAUUGCUGUAUGUGCUUUCUAAAUAAAUAAAUAAACAAGAGACAGGGAUCUUUUUUCCAA